AUGCGAGCCCUCUUUAGUAUAACAACCCUUCUCGCAAUAUGCACUACAGCCUCCACCACCACCCUCCCAAACCCCUCUAAACAACACCCCCAACCCCCCUUCAACUGGCUCACCACCAAACCCACCGGCGUAAACCUAGGCGGAUGGCUCGUCCAAGAAGCCUCCCUCGACACCGAAUUCUGGGAAACACACACCCCCAACGCCCCAGACGAGUGGACACUCUGCCAAACCCUAGGACCGGCUCAAUGCUCCUCAGUCCUCGAACACCGCUACGCCACCUUCAUCACAACAUCUACAAUCGACACCCUCGCCGCCGCGGGGAUAUCCCUCCUACGCAUCCCCACAACCUAUGCAGCCUGGAUAAACCUCCCCGGCUCGGCCCUCUACUCAGGAAACCAGACGCAACACCUCCGCCGGAUAACGGAGUACGCGAUCGACACGUACAACAUGCACAUUAUCAUCGAUGUCCACAGUCUUCCCGGCGGGCUGAACGGGCUUGAUAUCGGCGAGGCGUUGGGGCAUUGGGGGUGGUUCUAUAACGACACGGCGUGGGGCCAUUCAAUGGAUGUUGUUGACAAAGUGGUCGAGUUUAUUGGUGCUUCGGGUCGGCCGAGGGCGUUUACGUUUGAGGUUAUGAAUGAGCCGACGGAUCGGAAUAAGGAGGGGGAUUUGGGGAUGGCUGCUUUUGGGACUCCCGCGGCGGUGUCGGAUUCUGCGGCGGCGUAUAUUUUGAGGUUUUGGAGGGCGGUUCUGGAGAGGGUGAGGACGAGGGAGGGUCAGGGUCGGGAUGAAGGUUUGAGGGUUGGUGAUAUUCCUGUGAUGUUUCAGAGCUUCAAGCUUCCGGAUUACUGGAAAGGGAACUUCUCUGCGGAUGAGAAUGUUGUCUUUGACAUGCACAAUUAUUACUUCGAGGGCAGGAAUACGACUGCCGAGAAUCUGCCCGGCUAUAUGCUCUCCGAUGCGGAAAAUAAGUCUGGCGAUGGGUCGAUCCCGGUUUUUGUGGGUGAGUGGUCGAUCCAGGCGGCAUAUAAUAAUAGUUUUGCGCUGCGAGAGAGGAACGUGAAGGCUGGGUUGGAAAUCUGGGAACAGUAUACACAGGGCAGUGCCUACUGGUCUGCGAGAUUUGAGGGGAAUGACGCAGCGGAUGGAGAAGGGACCAAGAAGGACUAUUGGAGCUUCGAGAGGUUUAUUGACCUAGGGUUCUUUGAGUGA